UUCUUCCAAGUCUGAGGAUGAGGGGACCUUGAGUGGGCAAGAAUUUAUAGAUACUAUGUUUGCGUUUUGGGUUUUCCUCUGCCUCUUUUCUUCCUUACAACCCAAGCGGUGCAGCGCUACAGCAGACCCCCAAGAAUACUGGGUGGAGUAUGAGCCGUUACCAUUGGACGAGCACAAGAACAGUGCCUAUAGUCAUGUGAGAAAUAACGAUAACGAGGCGCAAGCGAAACAAGAGGUGCCCAGUGCUUACUGGAACCUUACAAGCAAUGCGCAGGCGCAGGUGCAGGGAACUGCUGCCGGUGUACCGCAGGUUCAACAAGCACCGCAAACCGCUUUGGUGGUACCGCAGGCUCAGACGUGUGCGCAGAAUUGCUGGCAGGUCCAUUGUCCGCAGCCUUGUUAUCAGCCCCAGCCAGGUCCACGUGUCUGCCACAGAACCCUCGACUUGGUGCUACUCCUAGACUCCUCCUACACCAUCGCGGAGGAGCUGUGGUCGAAGGAAAAGACAAUGGUCCGUAACCUCGUCGACAGGCUAGACAUAGGACCACGUGCCUCGCACGUGAACACCAUCGCCUUUAGCACGGAUAUCAAGGUCACACCGUGGAGUCAAAAUACCACCGACCUAAAGACAAAUGUAGCUGAUCUCGAUUUCAUUAACGGGUGGUCCCGCACUGACCUCGCGCUUAUCUCGGCUCGUUAUCAGUUCCCCUCGUCCCCAAGGAGGGAAGGCGAAGCUCCUAAGGCGGUGGUUGUAUUCUACGAUGGUUAUACUGAUGGCCCCUCCCCUCCUGACCGUUCACUAAAUUGGUCCAGUAAAGCCAUCGCUGCCGCGGAUCAACUUAAGCAGGAAGGAGUGCAGAUAUUUGUGGUUCAGCUCGGAGACGCACCAAGCGAAGAGAUGUACGGCGUGGUCAGUAGCCCAGAUCAUCUAGUGCGCGAGUUUGAGAUGGAAAAGCUCGUUGGGAUGCUGGAGAAUAUCAGUCAGCCAGUCUGUUAUGAUGAGAACGAAGGUGGCGUGACAAAUCCAUGUCCGGUUCCAUCCUGUGUAUAUCCAUACGUCUGUGUUGUGGCAGUCACCCCGACAUGCCUUGCGCCCACAGCCACGGCAUGCGCGACGCCGGGAGCCUGCACAACAACCUCUACAGCGGUAGCAACCAGUACGGCUGUGCUCACUGCAACAAGUACACAAACCGAAACCAAGACAACAGUCACUACCCUGUCGACAUUUCAUGCUCAAACAGAAAUCAAAACUGAGGUAACUACGGAGACCCGAACAAAAACCGACACUGCCACUAAGACUCAUACCGAGACAAGCACGGCCGAACACACUACGACGAAAACCGACACCUCCACGAAAACCCACUACACCACUCACACUAGCACGGCAACAGCAACCAGUACACAGGUGGAGAAGGUCACAGCUACCGUGACAACUACGGACGUGAAUAGCGUGACAAGAACUCAUGUCACGACAGAUGUAUCCACGGCAGUGGUCACGUCCACACAUAUGGCAACAAGGUACACUACGGCCGUCGUGAUAACUACAAGCACAGGAAUUGACACAAGCAUCCAUCACUUGACCACAACCUCAACAGCCUUGGCAACCUCAACAAGGCACCACGUAACCACGGAAACAGAAACAUCUACCCUGGUUACCACAAAAACCGGCCUGGCCUACGUUACGUCUACAGCCGUCGCCUUGGCAACUAGUACCACGGUGAAAACAGAUGUCAGUACCUUAGUUCUUACAGAUAUUAAGACUACCACAAGUACUGUGUUAAAUGUGGCAAGGACGACCUUUACACAUACAAGCACGGAGAUCGCAUCCUCAACUCACAGGACCACCGUGACAGACACCGCGACAAGCACCGCAGUAGUCACGUCCACAGUGCUAGUAGCCAGCACCAGGCUCCUCAGCACCGUCAAAACCCACACGGCAACCAGCACGCAUGUCACUACGGCGACCUCCACUGACACCCUAACCAGCACUGCUAUAGUCACCUCCGUCAUGGUAACCAUCAGUACGGGCGUGUCUCAAAUCGUCUCUUGGGUAACCUACACCACUACUGCCUUGGUAACCAUGACAACAACAGCUAUUGCGUCUAUUACGACCACGUCUACGGAUAUCGCCACCAGUACGCUGGUUACCACGGAAACCAAAACUGACACUGCCACCUUAACUACAACUCGCACCGAUAUCGCGAGCAAGACAGUUUACACCACAAAAACACGCACCGAUGUCCAGACGUCUACUGCAGUGGUUUCCUUGACCCCGACUUCGACAAGUACUUACGCCACGACUAAAAUCGCGACAAGCACCGCCACGCUGACAGAGACAAGCACAGGAGUGACUACUAAUACAUAUACCAAAACCGAUACACUCACAGCGAUAUCCACCAGCAUCACGACCCUUGUAACGACGAGUAUUCACCUGGCGACGAGUACACAACUGCUGACGUCUACUAAGACUGAGACGAAGACGAAUACGGAUACCUCCACUGCCACAACCACCACCACGCACACCCAUCAUACCACGGAAACCCAAGUCAGCACCGUGCGUACUACAACAGUGGAUACCUUGUCUUCGACUCACGUCACCACAGCAACCAUCACGGCAACCAAGACCCAGACAACCUUAGCAACCAGCACUACGGUAACCACGGAGACGGAUACUCAGACCAAGACGCACGUGAUGACGUCUGUAGAGACAAGGACGGAUAAAGUGACAAGUACUGCCAUGGAGACGGCCACAGUUAUGAGCACCAAGGUGGUGACCACGUGCAGUGCGAACUGCCCAAGCGCUACUCCCACGCCGUCCUUAACCAUGACACCUCCGAUGCUAACCAGCACCACCCCACCACCCGAAAGACCCCCUCCAUCACCUGCCUGUGGAGCACCCGCCGACGUUGCCAUCGUGGUCCAUACUUCGGACAGUGUGUCCGAUGAAGACUUCACCAGUCUCAAGGACUUUGUUGCUAAGAUAGCGGGGCAGUAUGAGGUCUCACAGCUCGGGACUCACAUAGGGCUUAUAACUUAUAGCAGUACGCCGAAGGUUGAAUUUUCUCUCAACGACGAGAGGUUUUACAAUCCAGAGACAAUUGAUUCAACCAUCAAAGCACUGAAGGUGUCUGGGUCCGGCACUCGGACCGAUCUUGCUCUAGAGAUGGCGUACAACAAACUAUUCUCCGCCGCGGGUGGGAACCGUGAUAACAAACCAAACACCCUGAUCUUAGUGACAGACAGCAGGAGCGACGAGGGAAGCAAGUCAUUUAAGGACGUCGUGGCGCCACUACUGGCCAACCAUGUGCGUGUAAUUGUGGUUGGUGUCGGCAAGUUCAUAGACUACAAAGAGUUGCUACUGAUAGCUGACGGCAAAAUCAAUAGCGUAAUUGUCACUGAGACAUUCAACGACCUGAACAAGAACAUGGAGAAAGUAACAAAUAUAGCCUGUGUACAAGAGGAGAGCACACCCCCCCAACCAGCAUCUGAAGCUACCUGUGAUGUAAAAUAUCGUAAGGUUGGUUGCUAUGGUGACAAGCCCACAGCGCGCGCCAUGCCUGAACGCCUUGCUACCAGUACUCCCGAAUACGAGGCCAUGGGACUUGCUAACUGGCUGCCUAAGUUCGUAUGUGAUUGCGCGCGUAAAGCUAAGGACAAUAAUUACUUCUUCUUUGGAGUUCAAGACUACGGAGAGUGUUGGUCGGGUCCCGAAGCCGGGGACACGUAUGACACGUAUGGUGCGAGUGCCAACUGCGUGGACACCACGCGCGGCGCAUGUGUUGACGCAUCUAACACUACCUGCUGCGGCAAGGAGAACGCGAACUAUGUGUACGAGAUAAUUACUGAAGAGCCUAAACCGCCAACCAAUACAGCGCGUAUUACCCGUACCCCGCCACAAAUAGUGUACGUCACUUCCGGAGCCACAGCGAGGUUCGUAUGGGAGUACGUGGUUGACGACAGGGAGCGAGAAUUUGCCGAGCACUCUCCGAAGUGGUGGUACUACUACGAGAGUCAGCGACGCGUCGAGAUCGCUUACGAAAACAAGGUAAAUACUUGGAGGUGGGAGAUCUCGUCGAAUUGUCCUGGUAACUUGAAAAAGCGUGUGUCUAAGGAUGGAAUGGCCACGCUGGUCAUAUCAAAUGUUACUUCCGCCGACAUGGGAACAUAUGGAUUCAGUCUGGAGCUAACAUCAAGUGACCCCUUGCUCUCUAUGGUCAAGCUCGUGGUUACAGAACCACCUAAGCCAUCUCCAGCCCCUCCACCAUGCAAGGCCGUCGUAGAUCUGGCUUUCUUGAUCGAUGGUUCCAAGUCUAUUGAGGAUGCUGGCAAAGGGAACUUCAAGCGCUGUCUUGACUUUGUAAAGCGCAUUGCCCUCAGCUUUGACAUCUCGGCUAGCGGGACCCAUAUUGGGAUAGUCACAUUUGCAACCGACCCCACAGUGGAACUCGAAUUCGAUCAGUCCUUCGAUAACACCUCCAUUGCUACCAUCAUUGAUAACAUCCGGAAUCCCGAUGCCCUUACAUUUACUGGAAAGGCCUUAGAGACAGUAAAGAAAGAUCUGUUUGAAAAAAGCCAGCGUGCUAACGUCCACCACAUGCUGAUAGUACUAACAGACGGGAGGUCGUGGGAUGCCGUCCAGGAACCUGCCAAACAGCUCAAAGAAUCAGGCGUCACUCUCUACGCAGUGGGGGUGGGUCAGGAUUACGAUCUGGAGCAGUUGAAGGACAUUGCCAGUAACCCGGAUGAGGACGUGUUCACUGCGGGCUUCGCAGACCUGGAUACCUUGGUAGACAAGAUCAGGAACAAGGCUUGUAACGAGGCUUUGCUGCCGCCACCACCUCCAGUAAACACAGCUCGCUUCACGAAGAUGCCAGACGCAGUAGUUUACGUGACAAGGGGAAACACGGUCAAGUUAGUGUGGGAGUACACGGUGGAUAACAGAGAGAGGGAGUUUGCGAGAUAUUCACCUUCUUGGGACUUCUUCAAUAGCCAGGGCCAGUCAUCCCAGAUCGCCUACGAGGACAAGGAGAACAAAUGGAGAUGGAGUGUGACAUCCAUGACCAUUCCCGACAGGCUUCAAGGCCGUGUGAGUAAGGAGGGUCAGGCGACACUUGUCAUCCGGGACCUCACUACAGAAGAUAACGGAGUGUACGGAUGUAGCCUCGUCCUCAUGUCGGGCGAGCCCAUUGUAUCCAAAGUGGAGAUCUUUGUAACAGAACCCUCUGUGCCAAUAACCCCAGCACCAGUAGUUGCACAAUUCAGCCUUACACCACCCAAGACAGUCACAGUUCACGAGGGAGAAACAGUCAAACUCAAAUGGGACUACACCGUAACCGGCGAUAAGAACAUCGUGUUUUCACAGUACUCGCCGACCUGGGAUAUUUACGACGCGGAUGGUAACGGCAUAGAGCUUGCUCACGAGGACAUGUAUAUGGGAUGGUAUUGGUCAGUGUCGGCAACGUGUCCUUGGUAUUUGAGAGACAGAAUAUCUAAGGAGGAUGCCGCUACACUUGUAAUUAGCAAUGCAGAGAUCACAGAUAGUGCAACAUAUGGAUGUAACUUGAAGUUAUCGUCGGGGAAGAUUAUCACGGAGAAAGUUCAACUGAUAGUGCAGGAAAAGCCAAAACCAAAUGUGCGCUUCACAAAGGUCCCGGAGCGCAUUGUGCGCCUGAAAAGCGGUCAAACGGUCACGCUGGUCUGGGACUACACGUACGAGGGAGACAAGAAGGACGCUUUUGGGCCAUAUUCACCCACAUGGAACCUCUACUACGGUGACGGUGAGUCCGUGCAACUCGCUUACGAGGAGAAGAGCGCCAACUGGAAGUGGGCGGUGGCCUAUACCUGCCCGGAGGGACUGCGCACGCGCAUUAGCAAAGCCGAGAAAGCUGCUCUUGUUAUAGCGAACUUGACGACAGCAGACUCGGGCCAAUACGGGUGCAGCCUCAUGCUGGCGACUGGGGCACCGCUAGUGGACAGAAUGCAGCUUAUAGUGGAAGAUCCACCUCCACCACCGGAGCCACCGAUAGACGCAUACUUCACUCUAGUGCCAUCCGAGAUCAUCUACAGAUACGCCAGUAAGAACGUCGAGUUUGAAUGGGAAUACGCAAUCGUAGGCGAGAAAGAUAAAGCCUUCGCCAGCCACUCCCCCUCAUGGGAUCUAUACGCUGUCAACAACCAGCGCACACAACUGAUCUACGAGGACAAAGAAGAAGGGUGGAGAUCCCACGUGGCGAGCACGUGUCCAGCACGCCUAAAGAACAGGGUGUCAAUCAAGGGACAGGCAACGCUCGUCAUCGCGGACCUUACUGUGCAGGACACGGGCACCUAUGGGUGCAGUCUGCUUUUUGUCACAGGCAAACGCAUCGAUAGCACAGUCAAACUCGUGGUCACAGAUGCCCCUGCGCCAACGGCGACGCCAUCACCAGCAACCUCCCCACCGUGUCGAGCGUCGGUUGAUCUAGUGUUCCUGAUCGACGGCUCAAGCUCCAUCGAGCAGUUCGGCAAAGGCAACUUCCUGUUCUGCCUAAACUUCGUCAAGCGCAUGGCACAGAGCUUCGAGGUCUCUUCGUCUGGAACACAUGUGGCUGUAGUACUGUACUAUGAUAGCUCCAAGAUAGUAUUCAAUCUAAAUGAUUAUAAGACGAUAGACGAGGUAACGGGUGCAGUGGACAAAAUAAAGUACCCUGGAGGAAGCACGUUUACUGGAGCAGGUCUGAGGAUGGUCAAGUCGGAAGUGUUUGAUAAAUCCGGAAGGUCAAACGUCCCACACAUACUCAUAGUGAUGACCGAUGGGGAGUCGCACGAUGACGUCGCCGAACCAUCCCGAGUACUUCGCGAAGAUAACACGAUCAUUUACGCGGUCGGAGAAGGCUAUUAUUUCAAAUUGAAACAGCUAAAUGAGAUGGCGUCGGAGCCGAAAAUCAACCACGUGUUUACAGCGGACUUUGGUCAAAUGAACACCAUAGUGGAAGAUAUCAAAGAUAAGGCAUGCUCAGAAAUCUCAUUCCCAACACAAGCACCGCCUAAGCGACCUACCGCUGCUCCAGCAUUACCAACAGUCACGGAGACUUGGGCUACAAUCAUACCGAUAUCACCUACCACUGCACCCUGCAAAGUAGCCGUUGACCUUGCAUUCGUUCUUGACGGAUCAACAUCGAUCAACAAUGCCGACCCAGGAAACUUCCAGCUCCUCAAGAACUUCAUGAUCAACAUCGUCAAGAGCUUCAAAAUCUCCAGCGAGCGCACCCAUGUGGGACUUGUUCUAUACUCCUCCUUUACUCAGUUGAAGUUCAACUUCGACAAGUACUCGGACUCGGCAAGUAUCGUCAAGGCGAUCAACACAACUGAUUACCCCAAGGGAGGGACGAGAACAGGAGAAGCCCUAAAGAUGGCCAAGUCACAGUUGUUCGGCGCGUCCAUGAGAUCCGUCCCAAAGGUCCUGAUCGUUUUGACAGACGGUCGGUCCAGUGAUAAAGUCGAAGCUCCUUCUAAGGCUUUGAAGGAUGAGGGAGUUGUUAUCUUUGCGGUUGGUGUCGGAGAUCAGAUCGAUCCUUCUGAGUUGAAUGUAAUGGCGUCGGAUUCUAAGAGUGACCACGUAUUUAAGGCGAAGUUCAAGGAGCUGGAUAGGCUUGUUGAUCUGAUCAAGCGCAAAGCGUGCCCAGAUCCAGAGUACAAUCAUUAUCAGAUUACAUCACAAGUAGAUAUAGCGGGAUCAUGCCCCGUCAAGUUCACCAAAGUUGGUUGCUUUAAUGACGACAUGAAGGCGCCUCGCCCGUUCCCGACCAUGUUGUUCACCGAUAGAGACACAGAGUCUGUGUUGUACAGUGGCACCAAGUUCAACGCUGGACAAUGGAACACAUACAUGCCGGACGUGGUGUGCAGAUGCGCGGUUAAAGCCAUAAGUCAAGAGAACAUCGUGUUCAGCAUUCAAAACUUCGGGGAGUGCUGGUCGGGCGCUAAGAGUGAGAACACGUACAAGAUCAAAGGAGAAUCGGAUUCGUGCGUGUCACGUGACUUUAAGUCAUGUGAUGUCGAAAAUAAUGAUCUAUGUGUGGGGAAUGCAACGAAGCACUUCGUCUACCAAAUCGACUUCGACGAGGCAAAGGAAGUGGAAGCGUGCUCUUCACAGUACGAGGUUGUUGGUUGCUAUAGCGACAAGCACAUUGCAAAUAACCGCCCUUUCCUUACGCUCUUAUCUACCGAUGUGGACCCCAAGUCUAAAGUCUAUAGUGGGAUCCCUGUGGACAAGGGCAACUGGAAUCGUUACCUACCGGACGCCGUGUGUAGGUGCGCACAGAACGCCGAGUCUUCCGGCUUCACGCACUUUGGUUUGCAGAAUUAUGGCGAGUGCUGGUCAGGCUACGAUGCGGACAAGACGUAUGAUAUCGAUGGCGAAUCGUCCGAGUGUGUCGGUAAGAACUUCAAAAAACCGUGUAAUAACAACGAGGUGUGUGUCGGCGACGAGGCUACCGCGGAAUCCAAAACCACUGGUAUGUACGUCUACCGACUGCGCAAGGAGGCCAAUGGCAUGGGUAUCUACCGCAAGAGAAGUUCACUGGCGUACCAGCGGUACAGAUUGCACGGUAACAGGAAGAUUAAACGAGAGGUUGCUAGGCACGGUCACAAAAGCCAUAAAUUGAGAGGGAAAAGAAGGAGAACAAACAAGUAAAAAAGGGCGGCAAAUCAAGUGAAUCAGAAAUACGGAGUGGAAAAGUGCCACCACAACAUGUGUAUAGAGCCUUGCACAUUUCCCUGAAAAAAAGGCAUAAUGAAUGCGGUCUCUGUAAUUGAAAAAGUUCAUAUGUGGACCAGACAAAAGAUUUAAAAUGUACACAUUUUGUGCAAAGAAGGGUGGUAGACCGAUUAUGGAUCGAUCCUCAGGCGGCUCUGUUUGACCAAAAGACGCAUUAGAAAUCAAUAAAUAAGGGAAUGCUCAA